AUGCGCAGCAACGUUGGCGUGGACGGCGAGUCUCCUGGUACAGGUGGCGUCGCUCGAGGUGGCUCCAAUCGACGGUGCGAUGCUGCAGAUGCUGGCGGUGCUCCAGCGUCAAAUUGGGGCUGCUCCGGCUACAAUGUGGCGAGGGAUUUGUUCGAGGAGAAGCAGAGAUGGGAGGAGAGUACCACCAUCCAAUUGGCGACGAGGACACCGGAGCAGCUUGGCCUGGGGCUAUUCAUCACCACUGAGUACUGGAUGCCCGGCAGGACCGGCUACGAGCUCCUCAAGCAUGUCAAGAACUACAUGCCAUAUGGUUCUUAG